UCGCCGUUUCGUCGGUCCGGUCGAUCAGAGUCGCUCUGUCCACGAUCAUCUUCACAGUUUUUGUUACCCUCGAACUUGAUUCCGUGGAAGCAUGGGGAAAAAUCAGUUCUUUUGCGCCUGAUAUAUUCGUCCUAUCUCGAUCUGAUUUCGUAGUGAAGUCAGAUGGCUCGAGAAAGAUGUAAUCUUGACAAAGAAGCUGAAAUCCUCAAACUUUCCUCUUCUUCCUCUCCUUCUCCGUCUCCCCCCACUCCUCCAUCAUCGUCACGAUUACCGCCAUCCUUGUUCUUGAAUCCUUAUGAGGAAUCGCCGAAUCCGAGACCGGGAACUCCGGAUGUGGAGACACCCGUCGUGGCUUCCUCCGCACAGAAGCCUAAGGAGGAACCUAAGCCGCCAGUAAGAUUCAGUAAUAGGUGCUCCACUUGCCGGAAAAAGGUGGGGCUCACUGGAUUCCGGUGCCAAUGCGGAGAUCUCUUCUGCGGCCGCCACCAGUACACGGACACCCAUGAUUGCUCAUUCGACUACAAGGCGUUUGGAAGGGAGGAGAUUGCUAAAGCCAACCCUGUGGUCAAAGCUCCUAAGAUCAUCAAGAUCUAAGGUCAUUACUGAGGAUGUGAAAGCCAAGGCUGGAAAUGAAAUCAAGUGGAUUGGCGUUCCUUUGUCAUCCCCUAAACAAAGGCUUACCUGAUGGCAUUAUCCUCCGACCGAACUCAACAGACUCUCGUGUUCUGUUGCACUCUCUCUGCUGUCUAAUGUGGAGGCUUGGGAAUAAGAACAAUGUUGAUGUUCCCUCUUCUCAACAGUCAAACGAGAACAGGCUUUUGAUCAAAAGCAAGGUUUUCAUUGGCCAGUCCAAACAAAUUAGUUGUCCUUGAGCUAUCCACUUGAGGUAAUCAAUGGUGCUUGUGCUGUAAAAAGAAAAUGGCCUUUGUAGGAGCCUUGCAAGUAGCUUUUUCUUUCUAUCAGAGUGCAAG